AUGGAAGCCGACUCGCUAUACCACGUGAAACAGCUUUUCUACCAGGCCUGUAUAACCGAAGCCUCAUCCCAGCCCCACUCACCCUCCGACUCCUCCGCCGACGCCCUCCCCCGCGCGCUCUAUAUCGCCCGUGCAAACCUCGCCCUCUCCCCUCCGUCCAUCUCCGCCGCUCAAGCCGUCCUCAAGCCUUUCCUCGCAGAAAGCGCCCCCUCACCGGCUGCCAAGGCCGUCGCUGCGCUCGCUACGUACCUGACCUCAGAGUCGGGGCGCGCGGGCGUAGUAGAUGAAGUGAGGGAUCUUGUCUUGGAGUACGAGACGGAAGAGGAGGGAUCGGAGGAGCGGAAGAUCGAAGAGGGGGUGGUCAGGGUCAUGGCGGGGACGCUGUUCAUUUUAGAGGGGGAGAAGGAGGAGGCGGUGGCUACGCUUACGGAGGGUUCGGCUAAGACUGACCUGGAGUGCCUUGCGCUUCUGGUACAGCUCCUUCUGUCGCUGGACCGCCGUGACCUCGCGCAGAGCACCUAUCAGUCCGCCAAGAAGAUCGGGAAUGAUUCGACCCUGAUCCAGGCCAUGGAAGCUUGGAUCGGACUCAAGACCGGCGCUCGACCUCUGCACCAAUCCUACUACUACUUUGAAGAGCUCUACCAGCUCCCCUCCGGCCGAACUGGACCUGUGCUCGCAGGCCAUGCGGCCGCUCAUCUCUUGCUCACACACGUGGAGGAGGCUAAGGCGGAUAUCCAGGAGGCGCUUCAAAGGGACGGCGGGGACAAGGAUGGGGAUGUAUUGGCGGUGGGGACAAGCUUGGGGUUGGAGGGGUAUGCGAGCAAGCUCUCCGCAGCUGCACCAUCACACCCUUUCGCGCUUGAUCUGGCGGCGAAAUCGAGCUUAUUUGACGAGGCUGCUGGUAAAUUUGGCAUUGCAGCGUAA